AUGUCAAAUUCAACGGGUUCCACAAAAGAAAAGCUUAUUUUUGCACCAAAUCGCUAUCAAUACACUAAAGCAAGUCUUCAUAAAGAGGACUUGGAGGGUAAGGAUCCAUUGCUCUUGUUUAAUGACUGGUUCCAAGAAGCUAGCAAAGACUCUGCUAUUCAAUCUCCAGAAAGUACUACUUUAUCUUCAGCUCGUCUUCCUUCCGGCAGAGUAUCUUCCCGCUUGGUAUUGUUGAAAGAAUUGGAUCAUAGAGGUUUUAUUGUUUUUACCAAUCUGGAAACCUCAAAGAAGGCUCAAGACUGGGAAACAAACCCCCAUGCGUCUUUAUCGUUUUGGUGGGAGUCUUUGCAACGUCAAGUGCGAAUUGAGGGAAUGGUCGAACGUCUCAGCCGCGAGGAAACAGAAGAGUACUUCCAAACUCGACCUCGCGUGUCUCGUAUUGGCGCAUGGGCUUCCCCACAGAGCACUGUAAUCCAGGAUCGUAAAGAGUUGGAGGAACGGGUUCGAUUAUACAAAGAAAAGUUUGGCGAAGACGAAUCCGCUUUUGUACCUGCUCCUGAGUUUUGGGGCGGUAUUCGCAUUGUACCUCUAGAAAUCGAGUUUUGGCAAGGUGGACAAUACCGUCUGCAUGAUCGCUUCUCAUUUCGCAGGGAAAAUUUGGAAAGUGACUACCAAUUGGUUCGUUUAUCCCCUUGA